AUGGCCUUCGAUGCGGCAGUCGCAUCAGCUACCCUCACGGGUAGUAUUCUUUCUUUUCUUGCGACUUCCGGUGUCUUGAUUUCCUUUGUAUUCUACCACGAUCAACAACGUUCUUUUCGACAUGCCCUCGUCUUAAAUCUGACGUUGGCUGAAUUUAUCAAUUCUCUUGACAAUACCAUUUCAGGGAUUAUUUACAUCAAAGACAAAGACCUGAAGCCUGGUCCAGCAUGCGUCGUAAACGGUAUGCUUGGGCAGCUGUCAGUCCAGGCCUCCGACUUCUCUAUUCUUGCCAUUGCCGUUGUUACCUUCCUUACGAUUACACGGAAAACAUACAUGCCGAGUACCUCAACCUUCAGGAAGGUUAUGAUUUGCCUUUCCGUAUGGAUUGUGCCGAUUAUCACGAGCGCCACUGCGACCCUCAUGGGUCAAAUGGAACCAGUAAGCGGUAACUGGUGCUGGAUUUCUCAAAAACGACCCGAUCUUCGAUAUGCCCUUACACACGGCUGGCGCUUCGCCAUUAUCUUCAUCACAAUCAUUAUUUAUCUUUACGUUUGGUGGUACCUCGGACGCCACUUUCGUUCCAUGGUCAGCACUUCGGAUCCCCUCUAUGAGACGGGAAAUUCGGAUACUAGUGGCAGUAACGUUGUCACAUCUUCAAUCCGUAAAAAGCAGGGAUUUGCAGCUCUUGGGACGACCGAACUAGAAAUGGACCAAUUCGAACGACCGAAGCCAACCUUUAAAGAACCGUUUAGACAAUCCCCUGGUAUGGACGACGAGCAGAAGGAGUGGUCACACGGGAGAAGCAAUAGUGGUUUCAACCGAGCGAGACGGUCUAGCUCCGAUGACGAAGAGGAGGUGGUCACAAAACCGUCAAGGACGUCUCAGUUUGUUGAAGACUUCGAUACAAAGCGGAAAAUGUCCGCAAGGAUUUCACGAUUUGACGACCAAGAUAUGGACAUGAGCCAGGCUUCCGAGGCGAGGUUCUCGUAUCUGGAACAGGAGGAGAAGCUGCAACGAAGUGCGGUGGGAGGCUCGUCGUAUCUCAGUCGGGACAUGCAGCCACCUUCAGCAUCAAGAUUCUCCCGAUAUGGAUUGGAUGAUGAGAACUCCGCAGCCAAAUCCAAAAGCGGCAGAAGCAGAAGCUCCACUAUAUCGUGGCACCUGCCAGCAUCGAGAGAUCUUUCCAGAGACUUCCCCUUGAAUCCGAGUCUGAACAACGUCAACAGCAAGCAAGCCCCUCAAAAUGUAACAGCCACGAUGAUGAGCGACUUUCCCAUCCGCAAGCAGACGAGAAAGGUUGAGCGCGAAAUCAAACGAAUGAUGCUUCUUAACGCUUACCCGGUUUUAUACGUCCUGCUAUGGAUUCCCGGACUCAUUAACCGUCUCAUGGAGGCCUCUGGCAACACAUCACAGAGCAGAGUGCUAGCCGCUCUGCAGAGCUCGAGCCAGUAUAUCGGCCUUGCAAACGCAAUCACUUACGGUUUCAACCAACACGUACGACAUAGGAUAAAGGGGGAUCUCUUCGGUUGGCUACGUCGAAAUAGUGCAUAA